ACUCAGACCCAUGCAGGUAGCUGUUCCCCUGCAACAGCAGUUCCUGAGACACAUUUCUCAGCAUCUUCUCUCACAUCCCCACCAUCACAUGGAACCAGACAAUGACACACAAAUUACAGAGUUUAUUCUUCUGGGAUUUUCAGAGGAAUCAGAAUUGCAGCCCCUUGUAUUUGGGCUUUUCCUCUCCAUGUACCUGAUCACUGUGUGUGGAAACCUGCUCCUCAUCCUGGCCGUCAGCUCUGACUCCCACCUCCACACCCCCAUGUACUUCUUCCUGGGCAACCUGUCCUUUCUAGACAUCUGUUUCACCUCCACCACCAUCCCCAAGAUGCUGUGGAACAUCCAGACUCAGAGCAAAGUCAUAACGUAUGAUGGCUGCAUCACACAGAUAUACUUUUUCCUACUCUUCGCUGGAUUGGAUAACUUUCUCCUGACUGUGAUGGCCUAUGACCGCUUUGUGGCCAUCUGUCACCCCCUGCACUACAUGGUCAUCAUGAAUCCCUGGCUUUGUGGACUGCUGGUUCUGGUGUCCUGGAUCACCAGUGCCUUGCAUUCCUUGAUGGAAACCUUAAUGGUGUUAUGGCUGUCCUUCUGUACAGAGGUGGAAAUCCCCCACUUUUUCUGUGAAAUUAAUCAAGUGGUUCAACUAGCCUGUUCCGACACCUUUUUUAAUGACAUAGUGAUGUAUUUUGCAGUUGUCCUGCUGGCUGGUGCUCCCCUUGCUGGGAUCCUUUAUUCUUACUCUAAGAUAGUCUCCUCGAUACAUGGAAUCUCAUCAGCUCAGGGCAAGUAUAAAGUAUUUUCCACCUGUGUGUCUCACCUCUCAGUUGUCUCCUUAUUUUAUUGUACGAGCCUAGGAGUGUACCUGAGCUCUGCUGCUACCCAGAGCUCCCACACAAGUGCAGUGGCCUCAGUGGUGUAUGCUGUGGUCACACCCAUGCUGAACCCCUUCAUCUACAGCCUGAGGAACAGAGACAUAAAGAGGGCUCUGAAAAGGUUCAUUGGGGUUCCAGUGAUAUAA